CGGUCCACCCAAGAGUCAAGAGUCGCGAGUGCGGUCAGUCGAUCUGUUAACCGUGACGCGAACGAUACGAGAACCGCGCGCCGCCGUCGUAUCGCACAUGCCAGCCAGCGGCUAGUACCCAACGGUACCGACGACCGUGCCCGCGUGCCUGUGACCGGCAGUGAUAGUAGUGAUUGUGCAUGCAUAGGCAGUUGCAGUUGGAGCCUAACGACGACGACGGUGUGACCGCGACGACAGCAACGACGGAUCGGAAUUUUAAUUAGAUUGAUCCAAUCGGGUGGGUCACUCCCGCAUCGCGUCGUGGACAGGCUCGACCUCGACGACGGACAUAAUUGGAAUACUUCGAUAAUAGCCAGUGAAAGCAGCGACGAAAACAUUGACACUGCGUACCGCGGUGGACCACGCAGUUUUCCGUUUGUUGACAGUGAGAUCGCCCACGUGUCGCGGGACGAGGCCGCACGAUGGGAUCAUUGCCCGGAAGGGCCGGACAAAAUAUCGGCCAGGAAUUAGGUGCGUCGAAAAUGGCGUCGUCGUCGUCGCCAUACAGCAGUCAGUCGGCCGUGCGGAACGGUCCGGGAAGCUCUGCCAGCGCCCGUGAUGCCAACAACUUUAUGAACGAAGACAACCUGCUCAAGCUGGCACUGAAGAAGCCCAAAUCGUGGAAGUGGGAGCUCACCACGUCGAGUUCGUCGCCCAGCAUUAGCUUCCCGAAGAUUCAGUUGUUCGACAGCCGGACUGGGGAAAUGAUGGUCCAGGUGGAUAAACCGGACUGUGUGGUGAAGAGUGAAGAACUGGUGAGCAAAGGUAGUGCAUUGGAUCGGUCGCAAAGUUUGCAGGAGCGGAAGGGGCACGAUCAGCGAUAUCGAAGGUCUCGCAGCACGUGCAUUCGCGAGAAGGUGACUACUUCCAGUGAAUUUUUGAGUGAUGUGUUUGCGCAGCUGCAGGGUAAGGGAAUGGGCCAUAAGUUGGCAACCAGUGUCACACAGUAUCGAGUGGAAAAUGAAGAAGAUGAAGAAGCCGAUGGAAGUGGAUUUGGCUUGCAGAAGAGUCAAUCGGCCAAGGAAAUCCGUAGAAGUUGGUCACUGGAACAGAAGAAAAAAGUUUUGAAGUCUCCCCCGAAUAGAUCUGGAUCGAUGUUGGGUAAGAUUAGUGAGAGCUACAAAACAUCGACUGAGGAGGAACCUCCGCGAGCACCCACACCGCCUCCAUCGCCUGAACCAACCCCCACGAUACCGGAAAUCAGCGUAGUAGAAGAACCGGAACCGAAGCCUACCCAAGAAGGGGACAAAAACAAGAUCUACAAGUUGGUUCGAAGUAAUGUUGGAACUUUAAUCGUACGGGAGGAAAGUUUCCACACGCAGCGUAGUUUACGAAGACGAAGACAGCUGCUACAAAAACAACAAGCAUUGCCAGAAAGUGAGCCACAACAGGUGGACCAGCGAAUCACCAUUGGUGAUAUUCCAGACUCUAGUUAUAACGACACGAUAAAAGAGAUCGACAGCCUGAUAUCGAAGGUGAUGCUUUCGCACACGCUUCAAGACGUGCAAGAACCAUCACGGCCGAGUCCUUCCCGGGGAAGAACCUCCACUGUGGCGGCGCUGCAGAACGGCGGAACGGAACCAGUGGUGCGGAAAAGGCGAUCGCGAAGAAGUGCCAGUGCCGGAAGCAACGCCAGCAGCUACGGCAGCCGUAGAAGUCAACGAAGCAGCAACUCUCCGUUGGUGACCGCCCCGACCGGUUCAUCGUCGUCGGAUGAAGAUUCGGUUUCGCUGGCGGAGAGUCGGUUCGGGUCCUUGAAGCGAAGAGGGCGCGCCAAAUACAAACGGAACAGUACGGGUCAGGUGCACGAGGUGUAUGGCGGCUUGGUGAAUGGCAGUGGCAAGCAGCAUGAAUCUAACGUGCGGCGUUCCAACACCGGCAGCUCCAACAACAGCACCACCGUUGAAAUCGAGGAAUGUGAAUCGCUUUCGUUGGGCAGCUUCCGUUCCAGUGGAUCGGCAAAACCGCAGACCAUCGUGCAGCAGUCAUCGGAGAAAUCUUCGUCCACAUCCCUGUCGACGCUUUCAUCGCCCUCGCCAGCAGCGGAGCCAACGCGCAACAUUCGACCGAAUAGAUGGGGGACUCACGAAGCAUCGACGCCAGCCAGAGAUCCGGAACGGGUCCAACAGAAAACUAUUGAGAUUGAGUCCCGCUUUCAAAAGAACGAUGCGCAGUCCAAUACUGACUUGUCCAAUACUGAAAGUUUAAGCAAGUAUCAUGAUUCAAAGUCUCAAUUCUCAUCAAGAAAUUCAGAGUCGAUAAUUGAUAGCAAAGUGUUGGUUACUCACGAAGCAGUGACGCCAUCAAGAGAGCCGGAACGGGUUCUGCAAAAUACUAUUGAGAUUAAAUCCCGAUUUAAGAAGGACGAUGCGCAAUCGAAUUCCAGUUUUUCGGUGGAAGCAUGCGAAAGUUUAAACAAAAAUGAUGUUUCAAAGUCUCAUUACACAUCAGAAAAAUUAGAGUCGAUAGUAGAUAGCAAUGUGGUGAUGACAGAAGCUGAUUUAGCACAGUUGAAGAACGAUAUUAUUGAGCAUUCAACGAAAACAUUUGUAAAUAACAAAAGAUACGGAAAGGCGGAAGUCUUCAAUUUCUUCUUUACCCGAAGUAGUUGUGAAAACUAACGAAUCAAGUGAAAUGAUCAAUGGUUGUGAUGAAUCAACAUUAAAAUCAGAGACCGGGAACGAUCACAACAAUAUGCUCCAACCGCCGACACACACCAAUCGAAAAACAAAAUCCCAUCGACGAGUCAUUUUCAGGUCCUGUUCAGCACAAACCAACCGAAGACUGUAACGAGUUCAACAUGAAUCGGAACUAAAUGUCACAGCUGGUGACGUUCGGCGCAGAUCUCCAUCAGUCGUCAAACAUUCGGUUCUUUCCAGUUUCCGCGCCACAUCGACGCUUCCAACACAAGUUCCACCAGCCUCGCCUGGUCCUAUUUACCCCAGCUAUCGACGUCGCAUUCAACUUCAUCUCUGGCUUCUCUCGAUCCAACUCCUGCAACACCGCAGCCUUCCCAA